AAUUAUUCAUGUUUAAUUCCGAACGGUCGUAUUUAGAAACCGUAAUACAUACAUGGUGCAAUAGUUACUUAGUGCCCAUCAUAGCCCCAUGGACAAAAGAGAAUCGCACAAAUGAACUCCAACCUAAAUAAACAACUGCAAUAAAUGUACCGCACAUAUAUUAUAUAAAUACGAAUAUCACACUCAAACACAAGUUUAAGAAAUUACAUAAGAUAAAAAAGAAAGACACGCACAGCUCCGAGAAUUACAUUUUGAUUAAAUAAUUGGUGAAAUAUAGAGGUGUUGAAUAGUAAACCUGAGUAAUGGGGCCACCACGUGAUUACACUACCAAUCUCCCUCCUCCUCUUCCUCCGCUACGCCCCUUCUCUCUCCUCUCUCAACUUUCACCAUUCUACUACAGUUAAACACACAAGUCCCAUUCAUUCUUCCAAUUACGUUUUCUCUUUUACGUCCCAUCACCACCACUCUCAACCCCUCUUUUCCCAUUUCACACUCUCUCUCUUUCUCUCUCAUCCCAAUCAACAAUACGGAAGAUCGUAUCUAUUGAUCAACACCAAACCCCUCCCGCUGAUCGACUAUGGACUCCGCAUCCGGAGCCGAGCCGGGGCCGUCCGGCGGGUCAACGGCGGCGCCGAGCCGGUAUGAGUCGCAGAAGCGGCGUGACUGGAACACGUUCCUGCAGUACCUGAAGAACCACAAGCCGCCGCUGACGCUGGCGCGGUGCAGCGGCGCGCACGUGAUCGAGUUCCUCAAGUACCUCGACCAGUUCGGGAAGACGAAGGUGCACGCCGCGGAGUGCCCCCACUUCGGGCAGCCCAGCCCCCCCACCCCAUGCGCCUGCCCCUCCAAACAGGCCUGGGGCAGCCUCGACGCCCUCAUCGGCCGCCUCCGCGCCGCCUACGAGGAGCACGGCGGCAAGCCCGACUCCAACCCCUUCGGCGCUAAGGCCGUCAGGAUUUAUCUUAGAGAAGUCAGACAGACUCAGGCCAAAGCUCGAGGGAUUCCCUACGAGAAAAAGAAGCGUAAGAGACCCUCCUCUGCUGCAACGCCGCCCGAUCUUGCCGGCGCCAGCGCCCCCGCCGCCGAUGAUUGAUGCAGGGUCAGAUUCUUCUUCCCGAUACUUAGUAAAACAUGCUAGUAGUAUGUAUAGGCUUUUAGUAGUUACUACCAAUUCUUUAUAGUAAUAUUUUUAAAACCUUUUUUUAAGUCUUCAUUGUAAAUUAUGGAUUAAUUGUAUGUUUAUAUAUAUAUAUAUAUAGACGGCUAGAAAUGGGAUGCUUUUUAGCUAAUAAAA